UGUAACAUCUGUAUAAUGGCGGAGGAGCAGGAAUUGGCAAGAGAUGAGACGAAAGUUGACAAUCGUCAAACUUUUAAAGAACUUGAAAACAAAGAUCAGUCUCUCGAAACAAAUCAGAACUUAGAAUUUCAGAAGAAUAAAAAUGGGGAAAACAAGUCUUCGGAAAACAAAAAUGAAGGUGAAACAAAAAAGAAGUCGAAAAAGAAAAGACAUAAAGACCUAGAGGAACAUGAUUCUAAAGGUGACAUGAAGGGAAUGCCACUUGCAAAACUUCAAGACUUAAAGAAAGCUAUGGAAGUACUCACUCUUAAUGUAGGGCAAGAGGGACCUGCAAAAACUGCAGAAGAAGCUUUGCACAAACGUUAUGAAUUUUGGGAAACUCAGCCUGUUCCAAAACUUGAUGAAAAGGUUGUAGAAUUUGGGCCCAUUGAAUCUCCCAAAAAUGAAGAUGAUAUCAGAAAAACGCCUUAUUCACUUCCUCAGGGCUUUAAAUGGGAUACUCUUGAUAUCACUGACCCUUUGAUUUUGAAAGAGCUCUACCUCCUGCUCAAUGAAAAUUAUGUUGAGGAUGAUGAUAAUUUAUUUCGAUUUGACUACUCUCCUGAUUUUCUUGAAUGGGCUCUCCAGCCACCUGGUUGGCUACAAGACUGGCAUUGUGGUGUUCGGGUCGUGAAAAGCAACAAACUUGUGGGUUUCAUCUGUGCAGUUCCUGCCACAAUUCGAGUUUAUGAUCAUGUUCAGAAAAUGGUUGAAAUAAACUUCUUAUGUGUUCACAAAAAGCUUCGGUCAAAACGGAUGGCUCCAGUACUCAUUAGAGAGAUCACAAGAAGAGUGAAUUUACAGGGAAUAUUCCAAGCAGUUUAUACUGCUGGAGUGGUCUUACCAAAACCUGUAGGAACAUGUAGGUAUUGGCAUCGUUCCUUAAACCCUCGGAAACUUAUUGAUGUUAAAUUUUCCCACUUGAGUAGAAAUAUGACUAUGCAGAGAACGUUGAAAUUGUACAAGCUUCCUGAGAACCCAAAGAUUGAAGGAUUUCGACAACUUGCUCCAAAAGAUACCCAUCAAGCACAGAAACUUUUGAAUGAAUAUCUCAGUAAGUUUGAGUUAUGUCCAGUAUUUACAGAAGAAGAAUUCCGUCACUGGUUCAUUCCACGACCUGGUAUUGUAGACAGCUAUGUAGUUGAGAAAAAUGGGAAAAUAAUUGAAUUUGCCAGUUUCUACUGCCUACCUUCCACAGUGAUGCAUCAUCCUAUCCAUAAGAGUCUGAAAGCUGCUUAUUCUUUCUAUAAUGUUAGCCAAACCGGCAUUUGUGAGCUACUUCAUGACGUUUUGGUGGUAGCCAAAAAUGCAGGAUUUGAUGUUUUUAAUGCCUUAGAUCUCAUGGACAAUAAAAUAUUUCUUGAAAAACUUAAGUUUGGAAUUGGAGAUGGAAAUUUACAAUAUUACUUGUAUAACUGGCGUUGUCAACCCAUGCCUCCAGAAAAGAUUGGUCUAGUCCUACAAUAAGGCACAGAAUAUAUAUAUAUAUAAAGGAGUAUUAUAUAUAUAAACAUAUAUAUAGAUAUAUAUAUAUGUGUGUAUGUACAUUGUUCCAGUUGCUUUUUCACAGAAAUUUUGAUCAGUUGUGUUACUGUUGUACAAGCCUUUAGUUUACUUCAUCUAUUGUACACUGAAAUGGACAGACUACUGUAUUAGGACAAACCUUUAUAUGUUUUAUAAGAGCUGAAUUAAAGCACUUGAAAAAUAGUUCUAGCAAAUUAAGCUAUUGAUAUGUAUGGGUAUUUUCAUGACUUAGUUUUAGAAAUUUUAAUUACAGAAAAAUCUAGGUGACAAAAUCUUCUUAAAGCAUUGAUGUGUUAAUAUGAAAUAUCAAAAGAUGAAAGUUACAUUUGGCAAUAUGAAAGAUUUUGGUUCAUUCAAGCCCUGGAUGAUUUAAUGUAAAUAAACCUUUAUUUUUUCAUACGCUACAUAAAGGACACAAUUUAAACUGAAUCUGCUUAUGGUAUAUGGAAAAUACUAUAUAGAAGUAUGGCUAAACAUUAACAGUUUGUCUAUUUGAUGUAAUAAAUUUAUCAUAGUUUCUGUUAUAACAUCCCAACUUAAUUUUGAUUAAGAUAUAAACUUCAAAUUAAAGGAUGAGAUUUUUUUUUCCAUUGCAUUUGGAUAUAAUUAUAAUUCAAAGUAAUUUAAGAGGGAAAAAAAUCAUUGUAGUUUUUCUGUAAACAUAGAAUUUUGAACAUUCUUCGUAUUUGUUAAGUUCUUUCCUUUGAGCUGUUCUUUGUUUAUACAUUUAAUGGAAGAAUUUUUUUUCAAAUGGAUAUGGAUAAUUUUUUGCUAAACAGUUGUUAAAGAUUAAAUUGUCAUCAAAAAAAGGAAAUAUUUGAAAAUAUUGUGUGCAGCACAUUUAAAUAGUCUGGUACCUUUUGCUGGGUUACUAAUGCCUUAUUACAGUAAUAUUAUAUUGUUGAUGAUUGUGUUGUACAAGGACACAGUAAAUAACUUAAGUAGGCAUUUUAAAAGUUUUCAAGCAAUAUUUUAUUAAAAUUGAAGAUUUGGAAUACAUUGUGUGGAUGACUAACACUUAUUAAUCAGUUAUGUAAAGAGCAACCAGUCUCCAUUAUUAGUUACAAAAAAGUAACAAUUUCCAGUUGUAGUGGUAACUUUCAGGGUGUCUUCUUUGUAUAAGAUUAAUAAGAAUAAAAAGGCUAUUUAAAAACAUAACAAAAUUUGUGUAAUAUUCAUAAGAUUCAACAUUAGUGUCAGAAUAUACAGUUUUGGACUGAUUUUAUCAUCCAUAUUUAUGAAGUAUUAAAACUGUUUACAUACUAAAGAAUAUUUAAGAACUUGAUAUCUUCACCUGUUAUGGAAUUAAUAUGUACGUUGGUUACCACUAGAUUAAAAACCACUGAGUUUAAAAUGUUGAUAAUUUUACAGACUAAGAUUAGAAUGGCUGUUAAGACUAAUUGCAGAUAGAUACAUGGUUAGUUAUUCACAGUUAUUUCUGUUUGUUUGUUUGUUCAAAGGUACUUCUGGUUACAGACACAAACACUUAAAAAACUCAAUCUUUCCUUGAUGUCAUAGUAUAGUAUGGAUAAGUACUGAAAAGUACCAUAAAUUGUUAAGAAAGUGAUGUGACAUGCAGUGUACAAGUAUUCCCUAAAACAAGCUUGUAAGGAACUUGAAACUUCUUUAUUGUGUGUGUAUCUUAUUAAAUAUAUGAGUGGGAAACAAUUUUGUAUUAUCGUAGCAUCUGAUAAAAACAAAAGUGAAAUUGUGCACAUGUAAUAUGAAAUAUUCAAGUUAAUGAGCAAUAACAUUCAUUUUUUUCCUGUUUAUAAAACCAUACACUUAUAUAUAUGUUUGUGUGUGUUACUACAGUAAAUAUAUUUACCAAACUUACAGUGUAAUCAGUUUUUUAAUAGGCUUACUAACAGUUACUACAAAUUUAUUUUUUCUAAAUUGUUUCAUGGAAAAGAUGAACUACACAUGGGCAAGAAAUACACCAUGAAAUUCCUUUUUUAUGUGUUACCUAUUUUUUUUAAGGUUGUGGUGGGCUGGGUGUGGACUAGUGAUAAGCAUGCCAGAUUGUCAUUCUAAGUGUUCAUGGUUUGCAUUUCAUUGCCACAAAAACGAGCUCUAUACUUUGGCACCUUUGGUGCAUCACAAGAGUGACAGUCAACUCCAACUUUUUGAUUAGAGUACCCAAGAGUAGGUAAUUUUUGCUAUUCGCUAGCUGCCUUCCCUUUAGUCUAUCAGUUCAAAAUUAGGGAUACGUAGUAUAGAUAGCAUUUGUGUAGCUUUUCAUAAAUUUUUGAAACAAGGAAAAAUGUGAAAAAAGCAGUUGGUUUUUCUUGUAUGUUUUUCUUAUUUUAAAGGAAAAUGAUUGUAGUAAGGAGUCAUAUCAAACUUUGUGUUAUUAAGUUUUAAUGUUUUAUUGUGCCUAGUAAGACAGAAAACUAGACAAACUAAGCUGUAACUAUUAGAAGAAAAAUAAAUGAAAAAAUAUUUGUUAGA